AUGUUCGGUGAUCUGCAUUGGAAAGUAAAAGUAUAUAAGGAUCUGAAAUUUACCAAGUUCAAUGGUAAGAUUGUCAAACUUGAUCAAAAUAUUACUAAUUACACAUCUUCGUCAGACAACUCGGACGAUGAUGACGACGAGGAAGAGGAUGAAGAUUACGAGGAGACCGAAUGUAGUGUUAAGCACGGGAUGAAAGCGCUGUACGUCAAGCAGUAUCGCAACCUGCAACCAUGUUCAUUAGUUAGUGCUGGUCACCCAAAUCAAAAGUGGAAGCAUGAGCAUAAAAGUGGUGGCAUGUUGGCAUUAAAGAAACAGCGCCUGAAACACCAGAAGAAACCAUUUUCCUCCUCACAUCAAGAGCUGCGAUUCAAUGAUGGUCAUCAUCUGAAACAUUUCAUCACUUCCUCGCUCAGCUCAGCUAAUAUACCUAAAACGAAAGCAGACAAAAAACAUUCAAGAUCAAACACCAUAGCAACAUCGAUUAUAUCUGCCUCAUCAUCAUUAUCAUCGUCAUCAGUACCUCUGUGUGGUCACAACCAUUUGGACCACGAUGAAGAGACAUGUGGCAUGUGUGGUUGUUUGAAAGCCAUGAAGACCAUGGAGGAAGUGGACAGGAGCAGUCAGUUGGAAUGUCAGACCUGUCCUCCUAUCUCAACCGCCGGUCGUCAACAUCCCGGUGAUGAUAAAUGUUGCAGGUUGCACCACCACCAGACUGUUUGUUCGCUUCAUCGUUCCAUCAAGACCAUGAAUAACAAUAGUUUGCAACAGUUUUCUCAGCAUUCUUUACAACAACAUCAUCAAUUGACUAGCGAUAGUUCUAACGGCUGUAACCUAGCUAAUUGUGUCGAUCAGUGUGGGUCUAAUUCUGAUUGUGAACCAAUAAAGUCACAACUUGAGGCUCAAACAGUAGGAAACUUGGAAACAGCUUUGACCUUGUCAUGUUCUCGAGGACAUGUUGAAUUAGUCUGCCUACUCUUAUCUAAGGGCUCUAACAUCGAGCACAGAGAUAAAAAAGGUUUUACUCCACUCUUGCAUGCAGCCAAUUUUGGUCAUAGUAAAAUAGUUGAAAUACUAGUCGGAAAUGGAGCGGAUGUUGAAGCUGAAACUGAACGAACUAAAGACACUGCAUUAAGUUUGGCCUGUGCAAGCUCUGAAAAAGUGGUCAAAUAUCUAGUGUCUCAAGUUAGUCAGUUACCAUCGGAUGCAGAAUGUGGGAAACUUUUAAAAUCAUUUUCCGAGAUAGAUAAACCAGAGUUAAAAAAUAGCUGCAUGAAAUGCCUGGAAAUUAUUAAGAAAGCCAAAGAAGCACAAGCCAUGAAGGCAUAUGAGAAUGCAACUAUCCUGUUGAAUGAACUGCAGCAAGAGAAAAAAUUGGAAGCUAAAAAAAGAGCCGCUAGGGAAAAAAAGAGGGAGAAAAGAAAACAGAAAAAGAAAGAUAGGUUUGCUUCUGGGUCUACAACACCAAACAGCAGCAAUCUUAACAACAAUGGUAAUACGGCCAGAGACAGUUCAGUUGAUGUGAAAACUGCAAAUUCAAGUGCUUCGCCCGGAGUCAGUGAUGAAGAUAAACCAGAACCUAGCAGCAGACUGACAGCUUCAGAUGAAGAUGUUGCUGGCAAAGAGAACAACCCUAAAUGUUUGAUUGCUAGCAAGAGUAGUGCAACCACUAAUUCUAGCGUAGAUACCAACACUAUUGAUAACAAGAAAAGAAAAAGUAAUAGAAUCGAUAGAGGCCACCAAAGUUCUGAUGUGAAAGAAAGUACACCAGUUCCAAACCACAAAGAUCAGGUAAAAGUUAGAAUUGCUUCAAACACAGCUACGUCUGGAUUGCCUCUACAGGAGUCAAAGGUUCAAUUAAAUCAGUGCCCUGAAAAAUCUCGAAAAGAUUCAAUCCCUCUCUUGAAGACCAAAUUAUCGGGCAUUGGUGAUCUUGAUGACUUUGCAUUAUUACCUAGCACUCUUCACACAAAUAUUGUUGCUGCUCCCGUUUUGUUGGCUUCUCUAGGAACGCAGAAGAUGAAAAAUGAUUCAAAAUCAGCUAAAUUACCAUUAGAUAAUUUGAAAGAGACAAGUUACACGCAUAAAAGUGGUGUCCUCGCAACAACAAAAGUUACUCCAGCAGGUAUUUCAACUACUACUCUAGUAGCAACAGCACAGAAGCCUUUAUUGUCAACUAUUCCAUCUCAACCAGCUCCCGUUCACGUGACAUAUAAACCGGCUCUUGCAUUAAACAAUGUCUCAACUAAUGCAAAAUCAUUUGUAAAGAAAAAAAUUACUCCUGGCUCGAGUAUAGUUCCGUCGUCGAACAGUGUGCUCUUGAAAAAGGAUGAUUCAUUUUUAUUGAAUAAAGAUCCACAGAGGAAGACAAGAAAAGUUGAUGUUCCAGCCAGAGCUGUAAGUCGAGUAAUUGGAAGAGCUGGUUGCAAUAUUAACGCCAUUAGAGAAUUUUCUGGAGCCAAGAUAGAUUUAGAUAAAUUGAAAACAUGCGAUGAUGCCGUUGUUACGAUCAGAGGUACGAAUGAAUCUGUUAACAAAGCAGGUGAAUUGAUAUUGGCUCUCGUCAGAGAAUCUGACAAGGACAUAGAUCAGCUGAUUACAGCUUUUAAGCAACAACAACUCUCGGGUGGGGUCAGUCUGUUGGGAAGUAGUUCUUCCUCAAAUUCUGUCGAAGUUUCAACUACCAAUGUAUGGAAAACUGGAAAUUCAUUAUUGAUGAAAAAUUCUAUCACCAUCCCAAGUUGCGUUAGUAUUGCUAGCACUGUGAGGGAAUCCGUCAGUCUUAUCCCGCCUAACAACGUUUGGGAGAGCAGAAAAAUGCAGAGCUCACUAAACAACGAAGCCAGUAAAACUACAAACAAUGCUUGGUUAAAAAGCACAAACAACAAAGAAACUAACAGCAAUUAUGGUGGCAGCAGACCAACAGUAAUUUCAACCCUUAAUAUGAGUGGUUCUAAUGUCUGGGACAACAGCAUGGCAGACGGCAUUGGGAAAGCCCCAGGGUCUGGUCUCAGUGUUCCAGAAGAUAAACCUGAACCCAUUACCACGUUUCCCAUCGGAGCUUGGAAAUCGGUUUCUAAAUCGUCAGACAUUAGAUCAACUAAUUCAUUUGCUCAUUUAAACGAUUCAGUACCUAAUGUGCAAUCACCAAGCAAUCAUCCAUCUAACGCCAAAGAAGAUUUUUCAUGGGUGAAAGCCCAGGAUGCUCCGACUACUACUUUCUCAGAAACUAUUAUCAGAACUACCGCUGCAGUGUCGAUGACGCAAAGCACAUUAAUGCCUGCAGUUAGUGUCGCUAACACGUCGUCUUCAUCAACGUCGGAUUCAACUUCGCUGUCCUCAACCUCAUCCAGUGUGCAGCAGUUUCUCAGCUACCAAGCGAACCCACAGUCGCCAUUAUUACAUUCAUAUUCAGGCAAGUUACCCUCGUCUAUCGCACCGAUAUCAGCAGUACAAGAACCUGCAGCCGAAUAUUCACCAUUUGGUGAUUAUGGGUCGUCAUUUUUAAACAAUUCCGUCGUAACUACAUCAUCUUCCUCUAUAGUUUCUUCCAAUUUAAUUGCUUCCCAUAGUGAUGUGACCAUAGACAAAUCAAAAGCCCCGGGAUAUAGACCACCAUCUUUCCAGAAUAGAUCUCAGUCACCCACCAGAGAGCAGUUACCAGUGUUCCAGAACAAUGUAAAUGUUCCAGGAUUUGUGUCUGCCUGCAAUUCGCUGAACUCAGAUAAGUAUUCAGAUAGUAAUAGAUACGUUCCUAAUGAUAACGAGUCAGUACCAUCGUCGUCUGCAUAUCAUUAUUUACUGCCAUCUGAACAACAACAUUCAAUAAAAACAACUAAUGUAGAGUCAGCAACAAUCUCAGUUGCAGCGGCAAUAGAUAAUAACUCGUCAUAUCAGAGCAUCAUCACUCCGAUGGUUAAUAGCACGCUCAAUCCAAAUGCACCCAAAUUCAACUCCAAGCCAACAUCCAUCUCUCCGCAAAUGUUCUACAAGUCGAAUCUGCCAUCCAUGUAUUCAUCUGGGAUGAAAUAUAACCUCCAACCUCAUCUCGACCCUUCAAACGUUCCUAAGAUGCAUCAACAACAGCAACAAAACAUUCCCAUAAAUAGCAGUAACGAUUUGCAAAUGUUUCCAAAUGUUAAUCCCGGUUAUUCGAACAUCGAUGGGAGCAACUUGAGUUACCAAGGCAGCCAUCAAACCUCCAUGCCCGUGGAAUACAGCCAGAGAAGGUUCAGCUUCAGUGAAGGCAUUGCAGCAUCUAAUUCUAACAAAUCUGUUGUAAAAUCUAAUGAAGUGAACACGACGUCGUCUAUUUACCAGUCACCAUCCAUCCAUCAGCAUUCGUUCACUCCAUAUACGACGACAACACUGAGCUAUCAGCAACAGAGGCAACAAUCGUAUUCAGUCGAUCAUUACAUGAGACGGUUUCCUGGUCAGUUACAGCCCAUAGGCACAGAACGAAACAGCAAAAAGCAGUUGGUUUUCAGCGCAAUAUCCACAUCUGCUUCGACAUUGUCAUCAUCCUCUGCAUCACCGUUAUCAUUAGCAUCUGUGUCCAUUUCAUCACCGUUAUCAUCAUUGGUCACGGCAGUUCAGCCUUCGGUAACGACAAUCAUACCACUGGUACCCAAGUCUAAUUUGAUGGUUGCUGGUCCAGUGGGUCCUACUGUUGCUGAUCAUCUAGCCAACAAUAUGGUAGCACCCCCAUGGAACUAUCAUCCAGGAAUGUCAAGAAGUAGCACCAACACAGCUCAACAGCUGAACAACAACACAGCCAUGCUGAACAUCCCGUCAUCCACAUACCUCUAUAACAACGUUUACAACAAUAACGUUGGCAGUAGUGCUGCUGCUGCUGCUGCUGCUGCUGCUGCUAGUACUCGACCGGCUCAAGUCUUCAACCACCAUGGGCCAGCUUAUAGUCCAAACCUUAAUAACUUGCCAUCCAAUCAGUACGUAAUACCUAACGGCUCUACGUUGCCAUCUGCGUACCAUGGCAGGCUUACACCACAACUACACCCACAACAACAUUACCAACAACAACAGCAGCUUCAGCAACCUCAACAGCAGCAGAAUUCAUUCUUUUAUCACCAUUCUUCAUCUUAUCCGAGGUUUCCACACGAGAUGGAGGGCUGGCAGAUGGGUGUGCAUGAGAAUCAUGGUGAUGACUUGCAGGCAUGGAAUCUCUGGAAUUCUGUCGAUAACAGUCGAAAGUAAAAAGAAAACUUGCUGGUUGAGAAAAAGAAAGAAUGAGGAGAUGGAUGGAUUGAUGGAGUGAUCGUUUAUUUUGAUGAACUACUUACUAUAUUUAAGAGAGUUUUUAUCGAAUGAAUAUCAGAAUAAGGAUCAUCAAACUGUCGUUAAUCAUUCUUUUGAUUAAUUUUUAUUAUCCGUCGACUCAGACGUACAGCAUUCCCGCCAUCUUUUCUUUAUAUUUACUUUUUUUAUCACGUGACUUAUCGUUGUAUACAAGAGUCUAAUAUAUAUACAGUAAAUGUAAGUGCGGAUGUAUACAUUCGUAUGCGUGAGUACGUUUAUGUCUAUGUAUGUAUAUAUAAAGUUACAAACAUUUUAUCAUUUUGCGUUGUGCAUUUGUUUCUCGUGUAAAUAGGUAUACAUUAUGUUAAUAACGAAUACAUGUAUAUGUAUGUAUGUGUUAUAUAUAUAUACAUAUAUAUGUACAUAUAUACGUAUAUAUAUAUAUAUCUAUAUGUAUUGUGCAUGUAUAUGUGUAAAUGUACAUGCAUAACUGCGAUGUAUAGCGUCAUCAUUAUUGUAAUCGUUAAUGUUGUCAUUUUCAUUAUUAUUAUGAUUAUUACUAAUUAUCUUUUUACCUGUGAGAAGAGGAAGAAUAAAAUUUGUUAAGUUUCCAAGUAAUUAUUGUCUGGAGUUAUUAUAAAUUUUGAGUAAAGAUAAUUGGUGGUGAUCUCUUGAUAGUAGAAGAUUAAUUCGUUUAGUAAGUCAAUGUACUUUAUUUUAUGUUGAUAAUGUGGUUCGCUUAUUCAUUUAUUCCAAUGUUAUUGUUACCAUAAUUAUGGUUAAUAUACGUAUAUAAUCCACCGCGUCCAUUUAUUAGUAUCGUUGUCGUUAUUAUCUACAGUUACAAUAAAUGGUUCUUCAUUUGA